AACCGGAGUGGGGGAGAGUUUAAAAAACGUCUCUGAUUUAAUCCACAUUUUCAGCAGCAACGCUCGAGUGGAGGCCACGUGUUUGCAGACGGACCGGGACCAGAACCAGAACCAGGAGAUGGACCAGAACCAGAACCAGGACCAGAACCAGAACCAGGACUCCUCAUCCAGCAGGACUAAAGCUGCUGGUCUGCAGAAUCCUAAAGGAAGACCCAAAAGAUACAGCUGUGAUCAUUGCGAGCAAGUCUUCACCACUUCAUCAAACCUGAAGAUCCAUAAGAAAACUCACACUGGUGAUGAACUGUACAGCUGUGAUCACUGCGGGGUGGCUUUUACCCGACAAUUUGAUCUAAUAAACCACCAACGUAUUCACACUGGAGGAGACAAGCCUUACAGGUGUGAUCAGUGUGGAGCGGCUUUUGCCCACCAAAGUUCUCUAACGACUCACCAACGUAUUCACACUGGAGAGAAGCCUUACAGCUGUGAUCAGUGUGGAGCGGCUUUUGCCCAACAAGGUAACCUAAGGAAACAUCAACGUAUUCACACUGGAGAGAAGCCUUACAGGUGUGAUCAGUGUGGAGCAGCUUUUGCCGAGCAACGUUCUCUAACGAGUCACCGACGUAUUCACACUGGAGAAAAGCCUUACAGGUGUGAUCAGUGUGGAGCGGCUUUUGCCGUGCAAGGUCAUUUGACGAGACAUCAACGUAUUCACACUGGAGAGAAGCCUUACAGCUGUGAUCAGUGUGGAGCGGCUUUUGCCCGACAAGGUUCUCUAACGACUCACCAACGCAUUCACACUGGACACAAGCCUUACAGAUGUGGUCAGUGUGGAGCGGCUUUUGCCGAGCAAGGUGGUCUAAAGAGACAUCAACGUAUUCACACUGGAGAGAAGCCUUACAGGUGUGAUCAGUGUGGAGCGGCUUUUGCCCAACAAGGUGGUCUAACGAGACACCAACGUAUUCACACUGGAGAAAAGCCUUACAGGUGUGAUCAGUGUGGAGCGGCUUUUGCCGAGCAAGGUGGGCUAACGAGACACCAACGUAUUCACACUGGAGAAAAGCCUUACAGGUGUGAUCAGUGUGGAAGGGCUUUUACCAAUCCAAGUCACCUAGCGGCUCACCAACGCAUUCACACUAGAGACAAGUAAGGAUGGGAAUUGAUAAGAUUUUUUCGAUUCCGAUUCCAUUUUCGAUUCUGCUUAACGAUUCGAUUCUUUAUCGAUUCUCUUAUCGAUUCUCAUUUGGAAAAAAGGAGAAGAAACAAUUUUAGUAUCAACUUUGUUUUAAUAAAACAAAGUUGGGAAUGCCUUGAUGAAAGGAGAAGCUAGCGGUAGAUGCUCUUUAACUUCUCCAUAGAUGAGCUGACGAGCUGCAGCUGUCAGGAGCUCCGCUGUCCGCCGACGCGGCCCGGCACGUCCGCGUGGCCGAGAGUGCAGCUCUUCUAAAGCAUGAAUUAUGGUUCCGCAAUAAAUCGACGCAGAGCCCUCGGCGUAGGGUACGCAGCGACGCGCGCCGUACGGUGCGUGUAGCCGCGAACCCUACGUCGUAGGCUCUGCGUUGGUGUAACGCGGAACCAUAAAUCAGCCUUACUACACACCGGCUGACUCCGCGCUCCCAGCGCAUCAGCCGGCCGAGUCCUAACAGUUUCCCCCCUUUGUUAAAAUGUCCACAUUGCAAGAAUUGUCGCCCUGUUGUCAUCCUUUUUGGUAAAAUGUAACCAAACUUUCGAGCGUUUAUGCCGCUUUGUCCCCGUGUUUUCCUGCUGGGCGCAAAUGCGCACGUUGCGCAACGUGCUUGGUGACGUCAUUGGCGCCCACUGGAAUCGAUAAGGGAAUCGUUUGCGAAAAAGGCAAACGAUUCCAAGGAAUUAAAACACUGGGAACCGGUUCUCAACAAGACCCGGUUCUCGAUUCCCAUCCCUAGAGACAAGCAUUACAGCUGUGAUCAGUGUGGUGUACGUUUUGCCACAUCAGGUAAUCUAAGGAGUUACCAACGUAUUCACACUGGAUAAAAAGUGUACAUUUGUGAUCAUUGCUGAUUUAUUUUAACAUCGGUUAAAUUCUAAUGCAACAGCAGGUCAAUACCAGUGCAGUACACUUGUAAUGUUAGUGCAAUACCGGUUCAGUUCCAAAGCAGUACCUUUUCUGUACUUGUCAGGGUUUGAUAUUUCAUGUUGACAUUUCCUGUUUUAUUUUGAAGCCCAUGUCCUUGUGUUUAAGUUCUUGUCUGACCUUCCUGUUCCCAUCUGCCCUGAUCGUCUGCACCUGUGUCUCGUUAACCUUUGUGUAUAUCUGGUCUUGUCUUUCCCCUGCUCCUUGCUGGUCCGUACUGUUUUGCCCUCCAUGUUUUUCCCAUCAGGUUUUGUCAUAGUUUUGGAUUCUUUUUCACAGUUUGGUUUUUGUAUCCUGCUCAACAGUGUUUUUGGUUCUGUUUUUAAGUUAAUAAACCACAGUUUUUGGGAA